AUGGCUGGUGUUGAAAGUAGACCAAAUUCGCGAAUAUACAAUGUGUUCCCUCAUCCACCCGCUGUAAACGAUGUUAAACCUUCAUUCAGGUGUGGUGUACUCGUGCGGCGCGGCGCUAGUAACGGCGUGCAACCGGUGGCGGCGCAACAGAAAAGCAACACGGCGGGGUGGCUGUGGUCCCAGUCAAUCGGGCAGAAGGAAUACUACGAAGAGAUAAAAUGCUCCCCAUUACCUUCCUUUUUAAAAAUCGAGUUCCAUAAAAGGCAUUGGCAGACGCUACGCAGUAGCAAUGGCACGUACCACAUAUAUGGCGCGUAUCUGGAUACACGCGGCAACCAACGGGUGAAUGACAUUCAAGACAAAUCAAAAUCCGCAUCAUACGUACGCAUUAUCACCGUGCUCAACCGAUUCCAACCAAACUUUACUAUAUUUUGUCAGUUGAGGUUCGCGGAGCAAGAAAAACCUCGAAUAGUGCGUACCCGCCCAUACCUAUACAUAUGGAGAGACUUUUGGGACUACCGCCGCUCAGGCCCGUGGCAGCCGUACUUGAUCACGUGCGUGCUGCCACCAGCCGUGCGCGGCCUGGUGCCCGCCUCCGUCAGCCUGGUGGAACGGCCGUGCGAUCGCGCCACCAACAACCUGAGCGUGUACUACGACAUGCCCCUUCACGGGCAUAGGCACGAAUUUGCCGUUUGCGUGAAGGAACUCGAUUUUCUCAAGAAAGAUAUUUCCGUGCGCCUCGUCGAAUGGAUCGAACUUGUACGGCUGCUUGGCGCACACAAAAUAUUUUUCUAUAAGCUACAGGUACACCGUAACAUCUUCAUGGUACUGAAAUACUACGAAUACCUUGGUUUCGUGUCUGUUAUUCCCACCACCCGGCCAGCAGACACUGGGCCGAAACAUAAGCCAGUGCAACUGAUCACCUAUAACGACUGUCUAUACCGCAACAUGUACCAAUACCGAUGGCUCGCUCUUCUCGACAUCGACGAGGUGAUCAUACCUUUGAAGGACAGGGACUGGAGCUCGCUGAUGCGGCGGGUGUCCUCGAAGACAACCGGUAAAUCCGCUUACUUCACGUCCAACUUGUACUUCUUGGACUCGCUGCGAGUUAAUCACAGCUUUGAGCAGGCCGUGCCGCGCUACAUGCAUAUGUUGCAACACGUGUACCGCACUCACAACUUCUCUUUGCACGGCAGCUACUCGAAGGCGUUCCACGAGACGGAUCGCGUGCUGACACUGCACAACCACUUCCCAAUACAUUGUCUGGGUCAAUGCUCAUGUUACCCGAUACCUACAAAUGUGGCGCGGCUACAGCACUACCGCGCCGAAUGCUCUCCGACGGGCAACCAGACUUGCAAAGACCUGACUAAGCAUACGGAGCGUGACAAAACGCUGUGGCGCUGGCGUGAUCCGCUGGUGUUACGCACAGGCGUAGCACUGCGCUCGCUCUCAUUGAUACCACAUAAUAAAACAGCAUAA